CCGUCGUUUUUUGUUUAAAAAUUAAAAGACAAUUUCUAUAUGUAAGUAUAAUCAUAUUAAUUGGAAAUUUUAUUGAGAAAAUAUAAAUACAGAAAAGUGAAUGAAAUAUUGUAAUAUGAGUAAUACAGAUGAGAAUGAAUAUUUUCCAUGGCUCGUUAAAUUUACACCUCUUUUAAAUGGAAUUAUUGAAAAUACAAAUUAUGAUUUAUUGGUUCAUCUUCUCACCGUUUAUGAAAAGAAUGUGUCUAAAGAUUAUUCCACGUGUUUUGAUAAUCGAUUAAAAUCCAUUAUGUUGAAAAAUCACAUCAAAAAUACAUUAAAUUUCUUUUACUUUUGUUGGCGAAAUAUUAAAAAGACAGUCAAUGAUUGUUAUAUGUUUUUAAAUAAAAUGACUGAUAUACUUAAAGUAUAUUUAGAUUUAGAAAUUCAAAUAAACAAGAAUGUUGAUUCGGCAAAUAUUCUAACAGCUCUGUAUCUUUAUUUAGACAACUCAGAUGAAUAUAUUUUGAAAAUUCUACUCAUGGGUAGAUAUGAGACAAAAGAAAUGAAAAAACUUUAUUGCCCCAUAUUCGCGAAAUUUUUGUCAUCUUUUAAAAAUACCAAAGAAUCAAUAAAUGAUUUUACAUACGUUGGUUAUUUACUUGCAUUUAAAUUGUGGGAAAAUCUUGUUGACAAUUCGUAUGAAAAAUCAAAAAUAAUAGACAUGGCACAACAAAAAUUGGGUUUUUUAAUGCCACAAAUGAAUUUAGAAUUAUCGUCUAUUAUUCCAAAUCCAAAUGGAUUUGAUAUGAAUGCAACAUGGUGGCUUAUGAUGUACGGUUUGUCUAAUUUGGAAAAAAUAUGUAAUGAUUUUUUGGAACUUGAAAAAAAAAUGCGCUCAUUUUCAUCAGAAGAAGAUAUAAAAAAUUCACAGGUCAACAUGGAAAAUGUUGAAGAAAAAUUGUCACCGGUGAAGAAAAAAGUGAAACGUAAAUUAAAGAAAAAUCAAUUACUUUUAAUUGAUUUAACGAGUGAUAAUAAACAAGUGGAAAAAAUUAUCACCAAAAAACAAAAACCAGUGAGACCACAAUGGUUGAAUGAAAUUAAAAUAAAAAAGAGAAAUUUAAAAAAUAAAAAAUCACAAUCAAAGAGAAUAAAAUCAGUUGAAGUUGCUGAUGUUCACAGUAAUGAAAAUUGUGACAUUACCAUAGAUGAAACUAAUAUUGAUCUCAUUAAUAAAAGCAUCGACGUUAACAGUAUUGAAAAUAAUUGUGAGAAUAUUUACCAAAAAUGUGAUGUUACAUUAAAUAAUUUAGAUCACGUAAAUACAAGCACGAAUGAUAAUUAUAAUGAAAAAUCAAGUGAUUCCCCUCAGAAUGUUGAUGAAAAUAAUGCAACAUGUGUAAAUUCAAUAUGUGAUAAUUUUAUUUUUGGUGUAUUAACUCUUGGUAAUGGUGAUUUAAACAAUUAUUACCAAAGUGUUAUAAAAUUAUUAACAACUUGGGAUAAUAAUUCAUCUAAAAAAGAAUACAACAAUGAAGAUGUUGAUGAUGAUGAUGAUGCUGAAGUCAGUGAUGCUUCAUCAAGCAUUGGGACAGAUUCAUGUAAAACAUUGAAGAAAAUUGAAAAAAAUUUAAUAUUAUGGGAAAUUUUUAAUUAUUCCUCAAAUGAAUUAAGUGAAUUUUUUUAUCCCGACGAUCAAGGAAUUAAUCCUAAUCUUUUAUUGAAAAAACCUGAAGAAAUGAAAAAUGAUGAAGACGAUGACGAUGAUGAUGAUAAAGAUUUUUUAAAAAAUGAAUUGAUUAAUGAAGAUUUAGAAGAAUCGUUAUUUGAAAAAAUUGAACUAUCAAGCACAUCAUCAUCAUCAUCAUCAAUUAAUUACAGAAAAUUACAUGAAUUAAAAUCAAAUAUCUCAUUUGAUUUAAAAGAUUUGUGUCAAUCGGAAAAAUUGAUUCAUAAUUUUUUGCCAUUUAAAAAGAGAUAUCUUCAUGGAAGAAUUCAUGAAAGUGAUUUGAAUUUAUUCAAUGCAGCUGAUCUCUGAUUUCGAUUAACAUAAAAUUGGAAGAAAAUCAUCCGCAUGGAAGAUCACGUUGUAAAAUCAACAUAUCCAUCGCUUUUUUUUUAAAUGACUAAGCUACAUGUUCUUCAGGCUAUGAUCAACAAAUUCGUGAGAUAAAAGGUAUUUAAUUAUUAUUUUUAAAUUUUAUUGUAAAAGUACUUAAUUUUUUUAACUUUAUAUCAUUAUUUUAUAUAUAUAUUUAUUUUUUAUAAUUUAUUUUUAAUAUCGAAAUGUAAUUCAAUACAAUUUAUAUUUAUUUAUAAAUUGUAACGUAAUUUACAAA